AUGGUUUUGGGAGAUAGGAAAUGGGAUGAAGAGAUUGUAAGGGAUGUUUUCAACAAUAGAGAUGCUGAAAAAAUAUUAAGCAUACCUUUGUUUUAUUCUGCUGGUGCGGAUAAAUGGCACUGGGGCUUUGAUAAAUCGGGGGAGUAUACUGUUAGCUCAGCUUAUAAGUUUCAGCAAGAUCAGAAAAAUGAGAGCAUUGCCGAUGUUGAUACCCGUUUCUGGCAGCGGUUUUGGAAGAUUAAAGUGCCUCCAAAAGCACUUAAUCUUGUUUGGAGAGCCUUGACAAACUGCUUACCUACAAGAGUGCAACUUAUUUCUCGACAUGUGAGUGUGCAAAGAACCUGCCCGAGGUGUCAAAUUGCAGCAGAAACUGCUUUUCAUGCUCUGCUAUCAUGUCCUCGGGCGUAUACCUGCUGGUUUGCUGCUGGUUUGGCGUCCGGAGUUGUUGCAGAUCAGACCUUUGGCAACUGGUUUGUUGCAGCAGCUGCUCGAUGGAAUGAUGAUAAUCUGAGGUUAGCCGUGAUGCUCUGCUGGGCUAUUUGGCAAGCCCGCAAUGACCAAGUUUGGAAAGGUAAUUCUAGGACUUCUCGUUAUAUUUUGGCAUUAGCUGGAGGUAAUCUUAAUCAAUGGAGAUACGCUCAAGACAAAACAUUUGUUCCCUCUCAAUUCAAUUUGAAACCGAAUGAGGGGGGUGAGCUUUGGACAAAACCCGUUGGAAAUACGAUUAAGAUCAAUGUUGAUGCCGCUAUUUUCGAGAGUCAAAAUCGUUAUGGUUUUGGUUGGGUUGCUAGAAAUAAUGAAGGAAGAUUGCUUUGGGCAAAAUCUAGCAGCUUUUGCGGGAGUGUUUCUGCUGAGUUUGCAGAAGCUUUGGGUUUGAAAAAAGUGCUGAGUUGGUUGAAGGAUAAUGAUCUCUCAAAUGUGGUGAUUGAGUCUGAUAGCUUGGUAACCAUACAAGCGGUUAGGAGUUCAAUUUCCUUUUCUUCAACAUUUGGUUUUUGUGUUACUGAAUGUCAAUCGUUGCUUUCAAACUUGUGUGAUGUUGAUUUAUGUUUUAUAAAACGAUCUGCGAAUCGUGUAGCUCACCAUCUUGCUAGAGCUUCCGUUUCUUAUGCUGAUUGUAUGUACAGGGAAUCUAAUGUCCCUGCUACGUUGAUGGAUGUAAUUCGUUUGGAUAUCUAA